UGUUCUCUGCUUAUGCAACUAGAAACGGCACUGCAUCUCUCCAUAAACAAUCAGAAUCUGAACGAUUCACGUUAUUAUCUUUGGAGGAAAUAACAUUUCUUUAGUACGUAUUUUCCUGUGCGACUGAGCAGCUGUAAUGCUGAUAUAUUUAGCAUUUGCAGAGCCUGUGGUAAGUAGGGUGUUGCCUAAAUACAAUUAGCCGGUCAGAUGACUCGAUCUCCGCUCUUGUGGCUUGCAAACUGUAGAACGGAUCCUGCGUUUAAUAAAAACUUCGACUGCAGAAUUCUAAAACAAGCCGGCAGUGAACACAGCUGACUGCAGGGCCAUGUUGUAAUCUCAGACUGAAGAGGACAUCUCCCUUAGCAGAAAGCAAUGUUUAAUAUAUAAGCUUUACGCAGAUGAAGGAAGGAUGGCGUGCAGCAAUAUCUGUGCUUCUCUGUCUGGUCUUGUUCACAGAAAUAAGAAGCGACAUCAUUAUUUUUGAGAAUUCCGUCAUAUAUUAUUUUUGAGCAGGCAGUUUUUUGUUGGUUUUUUUUUUGUUUUGUUUUUUUAAAGGCACGUCUAUUCACUGCCAUUUUUUUUUAUUUAACAUAAUUUGCUUCUGCUGCAUCCCGGGCUGAUUCAAGGUAUUUUGUAUAACGCACGUCACUUACAGUGUUAGUUGUAUACUGCGUAUAAGGUGAGCUGGCUCUACCCUUCCUCCUUUUUAAACGAUGAUGCAGGAUGUAUCUUGUGCAAGCUUGAUUUGUCAGGAAAGAUUAAUGCUUUCUUUUUUGAACGCUAAGCUACGCAUCCAUUAGACACCACAGAGUGUUCCUACUGACAGUAUGUAAAUACGGUGCCUGACAUAACAGCUAACACCUCCUGCCUUCCAAUUUCAUAUCUAAAUAUUGCAUCAUCAUUUUAGAGCUUGAUUUUCCAUCGUCAUCUUAUGCAAAAACACAUCUGUACAAAAAAAAAUAUGCCAAAAAAUAAAAACAAGCGAUAGACUGCAUCAGUGCAAACUUGAAACCAGACAGUAUUAAUCUUGCUUUCAAUCCUGUCUGUAUUUACCCAACUAAAUAAUGUAUGCUGUAUUGUUAAUUAAUGUGAAUAUCAAAUUAAAGCGCUUGAAAACUAAUAUGCUUGCCAUGCAGGUAGGAGGGACGGAAAAAAAGAAAUCUAUUUUUAACUCUUGCGUAGCUCUGUAGACUGGCUCGUGUAUGCAGAAGUUGUGAGCUAAAGGUCGGACUCCCGGGGGAUAUGACAAGUGGCCCUUUUAGCCGGUCAGUUUUUACUACCCUGUAUAUAAAGCAGCAGAUCUCUGAAAUACAGCAUGAAGAAAACCAGGAAAUGGAAUAUUCUCCUUUCGACAAUCCGUUCCCUGAUGGCAAAUCCAUUUCUUAUGAAUACCAUCAAUCCGAUCUGCUUUUCAGCUGAUUUUACCGACAGCUCUUCAGAACCAUGAAGCGAACACCGAAUUAAAAGCUUUUUUUUUCUUCAUGACUGCGCAAUACGCAGGAAGAGUGAAUGUAUAUUCUGUCUUAAUACUUCCUUAUAUGGUUCGUACAGGACUUUAAAGAAAACCUGUGGGAGUCGGACCAGGAACCCAAAAUUUUGACGGUCCCACAAAUCCAGGGCAGAUGGGAGCCAUUGAAGGGUGAAACACACACAUGGGGAUGUAUGGCCCUGGACAUAAAUACAACCUUUCAUCGCCUGCCAUCCUUUUCAACACUGCCUUGGAAGUGAGGAAGAGCAUCAGAGAUAUAAUGUAGCUGCAGAAAAGGCUAAUUAGAUAUAAUUGAGAAUUUUGUUGGUCCAUGUUGGAUGGAAGGCAAAAUUCAUACAUGAAUGUGAAUGGCAUGAAAAGAGAAAGAAAUGUAAAAGCUAAACAACGGUGUCUCAGGGACUCCUUAUUAACAAGGAGUUUAUUUUUAGAUCAUGAUGUGCAGCACUGAUGACAUAGUGGAUUGUUUUCAUGGGGAAACCCUGCUCUGUAGCCUAAAUGAACAGCGCAUGCAUGGGACCCUGUGUGAUGUUACCAUUGUGGUUGAAGAUACCAAAUUCAAGGCACAUAGAAAUAUCCUGGCUGCCUCCAGCUUGUAUUUUAGAAACCAGUUCUUGAGCCAGAGCAUCUUUAUCCAGGGUCAUGUUUUGGAGCUCACAGAUUUCAAAGCAGACACAUUUACAGAGAUACUGAAUUAUAUAUAUAGCUCUAAGAUUGUGGUAAAAAGAAAAGAAACACUGACUGAUCUUGCAGAUGCUGGGAAAAAACUGGGAAUAAAGUUUUUAGAGAACAUCAAAGCAUUUGGUCAGAUUUACAAGAAAUCGUCAUCAUCUGUUCAAACAUGUUCCAAAGAACCCGAAGAAAAUGUGCCCGCAAUGUUUUAUCGGGGAGAGAAUGGUCUGAAAACAGAAGCUGUGGAAAAAAAAGGAGAUGACUUUGCUGUUUCCAGUGUUCCAAGGAUCACCAAUGCAUAUUCUAUUUUAGAGACUGAGGUUAGUGUGUUCUCUCCACUUGAUUUGAGAGCUAAUUUUAAGAAGACCACAGGUGUCACAGCAGAGGUAGAUUGUGGUGAUGAAUGUGAGAAAGGAGUGUGCAGUGAAGGGGAGCCAGUGAACACUUUAGCUGAGCAUUCAUACGCAGUAUCUUCCGGAGAUGCUCCUUAUAAAAAGGACUCUGUGUUUGAACAUGGAAAUAUAGUUAAAGAAGCAAAGAUUGAUGAAAGCACAACGCCUUGCCCAGUUCCUGCUAUUCAAGAAAGAAAAGUAGCUAGUAACUUGCCUCUUCUAGACCCUCUGUGUGUUGUCCCACAGCCUAUUAUCCAGAGCUGUACCUCAACAAGUAAUAUUAACAGUCCAGGGAUAAGUGGGCAAACGAUUAAUCCUCCAGAUUUCUACACUGGUAGAGAAGAUGCAAUCCCCUUACCACAGCUUCCUCCAGGUAAUCAACCUGCAACCCAGUCAUUAUCUGACCAAGAAUUGUAUCCACUUCCUAAAAAUCAACACGAGAUAUACCAUUGCAAAAAUUGCAGCAAAGAGUUUGCUCAUUUGAAGCGUCUACAGAGGCAUGAGCAGAUCUGCUUCAAGGUUGUACAUACAGAGAAAGAUGUGAGGCUAUCAGACAACAUUUCUGGACAAGCAUCUGCAGACAUGAGUUGCGCUUCUUCCGAUCUGACGUCAGGUCAAAAUACCCUUUCAAAUGUUACUUCUCCUGGAACAGAUCAUUUUGUGAAAAUAGUAGAUGGAAAGAUAUUCUAUGUUUGCAUUGUUUGCAAGCGGAAUUAUGUAACUUUGUCCAGUCUUCGGCGUCAUUCAAAUGUUCAUUCAUGGAGAAAAUCAUACCCCUGCCAUUAUUGCAACAAAGUCUUUGCCCUAGCAGAGUAUCGUACUAAACAUGAAAUCUGGCACACAGGCGAUAGACGAUAUCAGUGUAUAUUUUGUCUAGAAACAUUCAUGACUUACUACAUCUUGAAAAAUCAUCAGAAAUCAUCUCAUGGAAUCGAUCCAAGGCUCGGAGUGGGAAACAAAUCUGCUAAUCGAGGACUAAAGCCUAGCAUCUAUCCAUACAAGCUUUAUAGGCUUUUACCUAUGAAAUGUAAAAGGGCACCUUUAAAGAGUCAUAGAAACGAUGCUACAGAAAAAACAGAAAUGCAUUUUCAAGGACUCCCUUCUUUAAACACAACCACCAUUGUCCAGAAUCCUCUCAGUUCUCAGCCAUUUGCAUUAGAACCCCAGAAUGGUUCGUCUUUUUCACUGGAUACACCAUCACAUGGUGUUUCAAGUUCAACUGCAAACCUAGAUCCCUGGACAUUUGAUGUAUCACAAUCCGAGAGCACUGUGAAUGAUCUGCCUGCCGGGAAACCCACUUCACCUUUGGCAAGCAUUCAUUUUGUUCCCAAGGAGUGUGAUAAUGCAACAAGCCCUCCUUUCAAUGAAAAGCAGAACACACACUCAGUUAUCAAUUGUACCAACUUGGCACCAUCAGUUAUCAUGCACAGCAGUAGGGUUUCUUCUGUUAUAAUGCAUGGGAAUGCUGUGGCAGCGGCAACAAUAAAUGGGAUUGGCUAUUACAACGACAAAACCAUUUCCUCACCUGAAAAAGAUAUAGUUUAUCAAGAUACAAACAAAGAGGUUGUAGGAAAACAGUUUACUAAAGAGGAGGAAAAAAAUGAAAGAUGCAAAGCUAAAGAACCUCUCCAGGAAAGUAGAGAAAUGCCUGCUCCCGUGACUACUUCAAUAAAGAAGAAUAAAAGUGUUAUCCAUAAAGGGAAUAAAACAGAGACAUACAUUGCCAAACCAGCCUUGCCUGGAACUCUAGUAAACAGUGGCAUUGCUCCACUUUGCCAGAUAACAGUUAAGAUUGGAAGUGAGGCUUUGGUGAAACGUCAAAUAUCUGGAUCAUCCCUGUUCUUCAGAAAAAGUGGAAAAGCAAAGCACUCCGAAAGCAAAGCAAAGAAAGCCACUAUGUAUUCUGAGGAAGACAAGAAAGAGAGGAGUUCUGUCCGGCUUCGAAAGUCAGAAUGUAUGAAGAUGGAAGAGAUGUAUGAUGAUACCAGUGACCAAGAUGUGUCUGACAAGCCAUGGAGACCAUAUUACAACUACAAGCCCAAAAAGAAGUCCAAGCACUUUAAAAAAUUCAGAAAGCUAAAGAAGCGGAAAAAACACAGCAGGUUAAGAAGGCCUGCCGAAGAAAAUGGAAACAAGAUAGAUGAUAAGCACUUACCAGAAAAUGUUGGUGAAAAUUGCACAGAAGAAAAUCUACAAGCGACUGACUUUGAAGAUACUGAAAAGGCAGUUGAGGAAGACAUGGAAGUUUCUGAGGACUGGCAACAUGGAAAUAAGCCUUGUUUUUGCGAACUGUGUCGAAAAUCAUUUCGGAAUCCUUCAACCUUAAAGAUUCACAUGCGUUGUCAUACAGGAGAAAAGCCUUAUCCAUGUAAAACAUGCGGGAAGUGCUUCUCAUUCCCUGGAAACUUAAAUAAACAUGAACGCAUCCAUCUGGGUGUAAAGAACUACGUGUGUCAGUACUGUAGCAAGUCUUUCAUGGUAAAUGAAAGUCUGAAAAAGCAUGAGAGAAUUCACACAAGGGAAAAAAUGUACAGUUGUCAGUUCUGUCCCCAGCAGUUUCUCUAUCUCUGCACUAAAAACAAUCAUGAACAAAGACAUUUAGCAGAACGUAAUGUGAAAGGGUUUGUUUGUGUCCAGUGUUCUAAAAUUUGCAAGACAGCAGCAGCUCUGGGAAUGCACCAAAAGAAACAUUAUCUUAGGAGCCGAAAGCAGAGAGAUCGUAAAGACUUCACGGUUGAAGAAAGUUGGGAUUCCCUAACUAGUCCAAUUUGCAAAGCUUCAGAAACAAUUAGAGAUCAGGAAGAUAAAGAUGUGCCUGAACGUUUUCCUUCUUCCUUCAAUGACUGCGUGACCCCCUUGUUGUCUUUUAACAACAGUGUUACAGAUAUAGUCCCUCAGAAUGUAAGUGAUGUAGGCAUGGUGGACAAUGUAGACCCAGGGGGAGAACUUGAAAGCACCUUUAUGACUCCACCAUCAGCGUUUCCUCCAGCUUCGUUACAUGGGAGUGUCUUGAUGGAGAUCCCAAAGAGUUGGAAGCACUGGAAAACCAGGCACUAUAGCUUGGAGGAGAGCUUGAACUCUGAUGAUUCUUCCGCUAGAGAGUGUACAAAGACUUUUACUGAGUUAAAGACAAUGACGAGUUUUGAGUAACCAUUUGUUCCCUAAAUGUUAGUGAUGAAAUAUUUUAAAACAAAACAUCACAAAUUACUCAGAUUAUAGUAAUACUUUCUUUGAUAACCCUUCUGCUGCCAAAGGAUAAUUGCAGGACCUUCACGUUGCAAAGGGUAACUACAAAGAAAUUGAGUGUUUUAUAGGUGUUUGUUCCCCAAGCUUAACAUUCAUGCACUAGUCCCAUGUAGCAAAAUCAGUAUAAACAUACAUAAAUGAAAGAGCAGUUCAUCAGGUUACGCCUUCUGUGCAGUUUAUAGUAUAUACAAAUUUGUUAAAGUAGCAGUUGCUGUUUAAAAAGAAAAUCCUAUUUACCCCAAAGGGUGUUCCUACGAGAUAUAUGUGCUCUUAUAAACUCAGGAUUUUCCUCGAGUCAUGAUGUUUGAGACUUUAAUAAGUUACUACAUUGGGGUCUACACCUAAACCUUAUUUUCUCCAUUGACAGGUUUAGACCGUAAAAUGUAGCAGCUUCAUGUUAGUCAACAGAGUGAAAGCUAGAUUGUUACUAUAUUCUCGGAAGGAAGAUCAAGUCUUGUAUGCUGCUUCUUUAAAUACUGAUGGUAUACAAAAUUUAAUAUAAACUGUACAGCACAUUAUGUAUUGUAUUUAGUGCAUUAUAUGGGUUACACCUUUUCGGUGCCCGCAGUAGAAACCUAAGUCUUUCUGUUACUUUAUGACCACAAAGAACUAUUGGAAAGACUAAUAAUAUUAAUAUUGUAGUAAAGAACACAAUGUGAUCUCUCUCCAUAUGAUGUAUUUUUUCAAUGUUUGUGAGAAAAAAGUGCAACACCAUGUUUAAUAAUACAAUGCUACUAAGAUUCUAAAAUUUUGAGAGGAAAAAUUACAAAUAUUUUAGUCUAUGCAAGAAAAGGUUUUGAUUAUUAUUAUUUUUUUUCCUGUUAAUAUAUCUUGGCCAAGAUCCAGAUUUUAUCCAGUAAACAGUGAGUCUAAAAUCGACCUCCAAAAUUGGGACCAAAAUGAAUGAAAAAUGAACUACAACGCAGCCAAAUUUUGUAAGUCGGUUGCCAACCGUUUAGUAAAUAAAGUUCUAUACGAUGGGAUUUCUGUCCUCAUUCUGAAAUAAAAAUUCCUUAGUAAAUGCAGAGAUUUAAAUACUUACAGGUUUUAUUAACUUUGUUUUUGUUGCUUUUCUUUUUUUCUAAUCUAUAUACGCAUAUGUCUACCAGGGGACCACUUCCCAAUAUAGUAUGCAAUAAGAUAACGUUCAUUAUGAGAGAGAGAGAGAAAAAAAAAGGUUGUUAGUUUUUGACCAAGCAACGAGCACUUCUGCAAAAUUACUCUUAUUCACUCUAUUAAAAUAAGGUGUUAAAAAGUGUAAUAAAGAGGUUGGUAGUGCGCCGUAAAAAUAUAUUUAUAUUUAUAAAUGUUAAACAAUUUCGAAAGGUCCAUUAGUUCUUUGUUUCUGUAUUUUUAUUUUUUAAAAAUCUAUUUUGGAUACUUUAACUGAACAAGUGAAAAAAAUGUUUAAGCAGCAGGUAAUAUGGCUUGUUAUGAAUGUAACCGUGGCCCAUGUUUGUUGUCAUGUGCUAUGUUAUGAAUUGUUUUAAAUAUUGGUUUUUGUUUAUGGCAAUUGGUUAUUUUUUUAGUAGACACAAGUUCAGACAUGGAAGUAAAAUGUUUGUUUUAUGGGAAAUCAAAAAUGUCAUAAUAUGAAAGAUAAGUGAAACCAAAAUCAAUCCUUUUAUGAUUGUUACUUCUUGAAAUUUUGAUUCAUUCAAACUUGGGGAUUGUUUUAGACAAGUUUAAUACAACAUAUGCCCUGUUUUAUGCUGUACUGGUAAUCAAUAUAUCGUUUUCUCUGGUUGUAGCUUUAGUUUUAAAGCAAAUUCGCAUUUGUUAUUGCAAAAUUGUGAUACAAAGAAAAUACAUUUCUGAAGCUGUAAGAAUCGAACUCCAGUCUUGAUGUUAAUGCUUGAUUUUAUUUGUAUCAUUCUGCAUAGAACCCCAUCAUGGAAAUACAAAGGUGCUGAAUUAGCAGCUAACACAAACAUUCCAUUUAUAUACUGUAGAGGGAUUGUCAAAUUACCUUGGUCUUGUAGUCAAAAAUAAGCAUUGGUUUAAAAAAAAUUGUCCAGUUUAACUUAGUAUUCCAAGAUUCUAAGGAGCCCAAUGCCUUACUUUUCCACUUUUUAGGUUAGUAUUGUGAGUAUUAGUGAGGCUGAUGUGGUCUCUGUAACGCAGCAUAUCUGGGGUUUAAUCACUAAACUUUGUCUUGUAGUGAGUUGAUAAUUGUCUUGAUAUUGUAGGCUAAAUAGUAGAUUUUCAGAAGUAUCCAACUGUCAUUUCACAUGGCAAAGCAAAUUGGAUUUAACAUUUCCAGCCCAGUUUAAAGCUUGGCUAUUAAGUGAUGAUACUGUUAAAAGUUGGAGUAGAAUUCUUUCAUCUUCUGAAAUGUAAUAUAGGAAAAUCAAUUUUGAUGAUAAUGUCUAAUUCACAAGAGCAGAUUUGCAUACUGUUUAUUAGGGAAGAGAGGUAGCACUAGAUACAUAGAAAUGUGGAGGUAGGUGAGCAAUACAAUAGAACUAAAUGACACAGAGAAGACUUUAAGGACAUGGCAUGAAGUUAAUGUCAUGCCAGAAAAGAAAAGAGUCUUUUGAGAGAUAGCUGGGGUGGUGGCAUGGGUUUAUAAACCAUUGUUUUACAGGUUAACACAUCAUUUUAGUUACAACUCAAAAAUAAGACAUUGUUUAUAGAUUCUAAGAACCUAAACUUUAGCUUAAAGGGCCACAGGAAAGCAUUUCUCAGUGCUUUCCUAUUCUCUGAAACUGCUAUGUUUACAUCUGAAGGGUUAAAACCUGGGGGACCUGGCACCCAGACCACUUCAUUGAGCUGUAGUGGUCUGGGUGACUAUAGUGGUCCUUUAAUGAAGCAGUGGUGUCCAGAUUGCGCAUCUACAGUCUUACUGCUCAAUUCUCUACUUAUGAUUUAAAUAAUAUUUGUUUGUAUUUAUGCAACCCUAGCCACACAUCCACUGGAUGUUUUUCAGGCUGUUGUGCUUGUUACCAGACAGACAUGGACCUGCCACUUGUCCAUCAGGGGCAAUGGGCACACCCACCAGGACAAGUGGUGGGACUGCCCAUUGUGUGCAUUGCCAGAAACGCAGGUUGCAUCGCUGGCAUUGUCCCCCAAGGCCCAACCACCCAAAUCAAUACCUCCUGAUGCUUUGAGCUAUGUCGCUGUUUUAAUUUUCAAUCAGAUCUUACAGCACAGUGUGUUUACUUUAUAAGUUCCUAUCUUCUUCUCUGUUAACUGAUUAUAGACUCUACCUGAUUAUUUACAGUGCAGGAAAUACAUUCUUAAAACUUAAAGUGUAAUAACGGAAAAUAGAAAAAAUAUAUAGACCCUUUUUAAGAAAUUGUGUAGGGAGACUGUGAUUCUCAGCCUGGGGAUGUGUGGCUAGGGCUGCAUAAACAAAAUUAUGUCAUUCAUAAAUGGCAGAGAAUUUAGCAGUGAGAGUACAGGUACUUGAACUAUAUACCAAAGCUGCUUCAUGUUUUUAUUACACUUUAUCAAGUGAAUAAGGUGCCCACAUUAGUAAUAUAUUGUAUCCCAGAGUCAAUGUUGCAAGCAACAUUUUCCCAUGUUUGUAUGUGUUUGCUGAGUGAUCCUUCGCGAAUCACCAGAAGGUUCCAACUAGUUCCAACAUAACUUCCAUCCUGAAACAGUAUAGCGCACUCUCCAUUAACUUGGCUUUACAGUUUGUGUCAAGAGGAAACAGCCUGGCACAUUCCUCAAUUUCACAAUGUAGGUAAAUGUGGAAUGCACUCUGCUGUUUGGGCCAUUCUUACAUGCUUUUACAGUUUAGGAAAUUACGGUAGAAACCACCUAGUAUAUCCACCUGUAACUGAGGUUCACAGUGUAGGUGUCAGUGGUGUGGAGCGGGAGGAACCCAGUCUGUAGAAUAACACCAAUAGCGAAGUACAGGAAGAGAGAAUCCAAAGACGGGGUCAGGCAGACUAUUAGGUCAGUCAAGAUGGCGUAGGUUCUUAGGCAAUAAAAUAGGCAAGAGGUCAGAAUACUGGGGAAUCAAAGUGAACUGGAGAACUGUCAGCACCCAACUGAGCUGAGUUGUUCUGCAAAAAAGGUCAAAUAGGGGGGGUAAGGCUUCCUCGAGUCGCUCGACCCUUUCUCCAUAAGGUGUGGCGUGUGCACUGCCUAGGGAGUUCAGGGAUUCACUCCGCUUGUGAAAGAGACCCGAACGAGGAAGCAUGAUGGUUCUCCAGUUAACUAGCUUAGCAAUGGGGUUCAUAAUAGCAGGCGGUGAAUGUGAAAGGAAUAUGUCAGUGAUGUUGACUGCAUUGAUAAAUUUACCGCAAAUUAAAUGUAUCCAACAUUGCUAUAACAGUAAGCAUCACUAAUUGCAUUUUAUCCAUAUCUCUGGGCUUGUUGUAGGAAACAGAUCUGUAAGAAGUGAUUGAAACAGUUUAUAAUGAUGUAUCAACUUGGCUUUAGAAUUAGCCUGACGUAUUUCAGCACGUAGAAGCAUUUCCUUCUUCUGAUCCCUGGACUGUCUCUUUAACCUCAACAAUUUGAAUUUCUUACCAGAAUAAAUGUGUCCACAAAGUAGUUGCACUAAUUCUCUUUUUAAGGCACUGUACUAUAAAAAACGAGUAGCUGGGAUGUGAAGCACAUGUGGAUUAGCUGGAAAAAGUAGAAUGUAAUGGUAAUCAGUGUUUAUUAAAUAGGAGCACAUAAGCACUUUUGUUUUUAAUAUCUUUGCGACCAAACUUAGUCGUAGAGGUACUUUAAUCCACUACAAUGAGGUUGUGGAAUAACCAAAACCAUUGCAUACCAUUCGGGCGCACAAAAUUAAGGUACCAGUGACAGCGCUUUUAUCCUUGAUACCUGAUGGUAUUUUUAUGUUUGCUUCAAUAUGUAGAUUUGAAUUUUUCAUAUGUAAUUAAACUAUUACUUCUUAUUUGUUAUUAUGCUACCAGUAUUUUGAAGAAAAAAAAAAAAGUAUAUAUAAAAAUAAAGUUGUUUUUGUUAAAACUGCUUCUUAAUCCCUUCAGGACCAAGGUUGUGUAAAUCCAAAGUCUUCAUGAAAUCCUGACUUAUUAUUGGCCCUGAGAGAUUUAAACAUAAUCAUAUCAUAAUUUUGUUUCUAAGGCUAAUGAAAACUGCAUAUGUGAAAUGUGAUGUCAGCAUAUUUUGUUUUAGUUUCAUGGUUGAACGGAAGCCGCCCAACUCAGACUGUUUUCCAAAUUUAUAUAUUUUGUAGUUUAUUUGUUUGGACCAUGACAUAUUUCUUAAAGUCAUUAGAAGAAAGUUUGAAAAAAAAUAAUAAAAAAACAAAUUUAAAAUAAAAAGGUUCCACAGUGG